UGAAAACACAUUUUGACAUUUCUCUCUCUUUACUUCCUCAAUCGUUUCAUGGUAUCAGAGCUCAGAUCUCUGUUUCUCCUUUCUUUCUUCCCUAAAUUGAUUGGAAGCUCAAUCGAUUUCUUUCUUCAGUUAGGUCAAACAAAAUCCCCAAUUUCUAGGUUUGAAUCGUUGUGAUUUUUUUUGAAAUGGCGACAAAUAUCACACAAUUUCCUGUCUCGAACAUCACGAAUUUCGUUUCUACUCAACUGGAUGGAGAGAAUUAUCUAGUGUGGCGACAUCAAUUCAAAACUAUACUUCAAACCAUGGAUCUGGAGAAAUACAUUGAUUCAGAUACUUCUCCACCUGCAUCUACUUCACCAGAUUUCAUCACAUGGAAAAAGAUGGAUGGAUACGUUCAAGCAUGUAUUAACGCCACUCUUCAUGUCUCUGUUGCUCCCAUGGCGAUUGGAAUUAAAACCGCAGCAGAAAUUUGGAAAUUACUUGAAACUUCAUACUUACAGCAGGCUUUUGCAAAGAAAUCUCAAUUGAGAAGUGAGUUACAGAGUAUAUCUCAAGGUGAACUUUCUAUCAGCUUAUAUUGUGAUAAAAUAAAAAUUCUUCAUGAGCAACUCAAAUCAGUAGGCGAUUUACUAUCUGAAUCAGAUCUUGUUCUUCAUUGUCUCCAUGGUCUUAAUGCUGCAUUUGAUAAUUUUGUUAUGAUGAUUGAAAACAAUGAUACACCACCUUGUUUUGCCACAUUACGAUCAAAACUACUCAUACAUGAACAAAGAAUAGCUAGACAAUCCAAAAGAACUUCUGAUUCUCCUAAUGCCAUGAAUGCACUAGUUUCAAGUCAACUUCAGUCACCUAGUGCUAUGAAUGUCACAGUUUCAAAUCAACCUCCUCAUGUUGAAAAAUCAACUGUGAUAUGUCAAAUUUGUCAUAAAAUUGGACAUGAUGCAAGUGUAUGCUUUCAUUAUCGUGGGUUUCCACAAAAUCGAGGAGGAAGAAGAGGUGGAAGAAAUAAUUUUCGUGGAAGAGGAAGGUCUAACAGAGGAAAUUAUGGAAACUUUAAUGGAGGAAGUAGAGGUGGUUUUAAUGGUAAUUUUUCUGGAAAUAUGGUUGGAUUCACCAAUUAUGGAGAUUCUACACUGAAUCACAGUAGUGCUGAAAGGUGGAAUUGGGGAGAGAAUGCUAAUGUUGGUAUUCCAUCAUCACAGCAACAUCCACCUUAUGAUCCAAAUCAACCUGGUUUUAAUCCACAUCCUUAUAAUCAGCACACAAACAACUCUGUUCAGCAUGGUAAUGUUACUGGUUACUCAGCAUUUGGACCUGAGCAUUUUUCAACAUGGGCUUCAACAAAUCAAUAUUGGCCUUGUUAUGUUCACAAUCGAGAAUUGAAAAUAAAAAUUUUGCUGCAAAUAUGGGUUUAUCAACUGAUUGUUCCUUCUCAGAUACUUGUCAAAUGGUUGAGUCAUGGAUACCAUAUUCAGGAGCAACUACUCAUAUGACUCCCAAUGCCAAUCUUGUUCAUGGAGCUGUUCCGUACAAGGGUUCUGGAAAAUUAAUCAUUGGAAAUGAAUUGGGCAGGUCAGAUACUCUACCACAUUCCGCAUAGCAGCAGUAAUCUUUACUCCUUUGUUGCUGACAGUGCUUUGGAUGAUGGAGACAAAGAAGACGAUCUUUAUGACCAUGCACCACCGUUAGAAGGAGAUGGCGACCAUGAUGAUGGAGAUUACGACUAUGCCCCUGCAGAAUCAGAAGGAGAUGGUGACGACGAUGACUAUUGUGAAUAUGCGUUAGCAGCAUGA